GGCCUUCGGAAGGGGUAGUGGCCGUGGCCGCGGCACCCGCCGCUUUCUACGCUCGCAGCGCCGCCUCUCUGCGACCGCCCGCGGGGCGCCGCCGCCGCCACUUAGCCUGGGCCCCGCCUGCCUUGUCCUCGGGACUCUCGGCGUCCUCGGCGGGCCGGAGCGAUGCGGCUGGAUCCGAGGCCCGCGGCGCUGGCGCUGCUGCUGCUGCUGCUCCUGGGCGCCGCGGCGGCCGGCGCGGGCAAGGCCGAGGACCUGCACUACCCGCAGGGCGAGCACCGCGCCGACUACGACCGCGAGGCGCUGCUGGGCGUCCAGGAAGACGUCGAUGAGUUUGUUAAACUUGACCAUGAAGAGCAGCAAAAAAGACUGCAGUCGAUCCUAAGGAAAAUCGAUUCGGAUUCGGAUGGCUUUCUCACCGAAAGUGAACUCAGUCAGUGGAUUCAGAUGUCCUUCAAGCAUUAUGCCAUGCAAGAGGCGAAGCAGCAGUUUGUGGAAUAUGAUAAAGACAGUGACGGCACUGUGACGUGGGAUGAGUACAACAUUCAGAUGUAUGACCGAGUCAUUGACUUCGAUGAGAACACUGCUCUGGAUGAUGCGGAGGAGGAAUCCUUCAGGCAGCUUCAUUUAAAGGACAAGAAGCGUUUUGAAAAGGCUGACCAGGGUUCUGGCCCCGGCCUGAGCCUGGAGGAGUUCAUUGCUUUUGAGCACCCUGAAGAAGUUGACUACAUGACGGAAUUCAGUCAUUGCAAGAGGCUUUAGAAGAGCAUGACAAAAAUGGUGAUGGUUUGUUAAGCUUAGACGACAUUUCUUGGUGAUACAGGCGGGAUCCAACUGCAAGUGAGAUCCAGAAUGGAUACUUGUGAGAAAGACAGAUUCGUGAAUGGAUUAUGACAAGAUAAUGAUGUAGGCUUGAUCCACAGAGCUAUUAUCGUGGGUAGGCCCAUAAUCAGGGCAUUGCACAAGAGGAGG